AUGAAUCGCCGUUGUGCUGUUCUCGCCGGCGUGACCGCUGUGCUGCUGAUUGUGGCUCUGGGAGCUCCCCCAGUGCUGGCUGCGGAUAAGGCCUUGUGCGAGGAGGCCAGGCGCGUCCUUCCAAACGACCCCAACGCCAAGGCAUUCAAGAGUUGCGCCACGCCAACAAAAAUAUCCGAUGCGUGCUGCCAGAAGCUGACUGGUUUUGGCAAGUACUACGACUGCCUGACCGACCCCAGCUACAAGGCCGACAUCGACUCCUACCUCAACGGUGUGACCACCGUUGACAAAACCAAGCAGAUGUGCGGAUUCUGA